AUGGAUCUUGAUGCCGCUGGAGUUCAUAAGAAGCUCCAAUUGAAUGAACUUGAAGAGAUUAGGCAUGAGGCUUAUGACAACGCUCGAAUUUACAAGGAGAAGACGAAGGCUUUUCAUGAUAAGAUGAUUCGAGGCAAAUCAUUCUCUGUUGGGCAGAAAGUGUUACUUUUUAAUUCCCGCCUUCGAUUGUUUCCUGUCCAAGUUCAAAGCUUGAAAACAGGACAAGAAUUCAACGUGAAUGGACAUCGGUUAAAGCCCUACUAUGAGAAUUUCGAGGAGCAUGUGGUGGAGGAUGUGCCCCUCCAUGCCGUGGGCACUAAUACAGAUUAA